UAAAAUAAAGUUAUUAAAUUAACAUAUUUUAAAAACUCGUUUUCGGCUACCACGCUACGUCACUUCCGGGCAGUAGGGAGAGAAAAUGACAGCUGGUUUGUUUUCAUCAACAAGGAGAAUCCAAAGUACACAUUGAAGUGUCAUGUGGUGAACGUCAUCCAUGUCCCUUUUCGGGCCUGUCUAGAGCAAAUACUGCCGACUGACCAAAGAGGGACCAGCACUUUUUCUGCAGACGCCUGUCAGCCCAACCAGCCACUCUGGAGCCACCAGUACAGAAACAGAAGAGGACAGUGAGCAGUGAUAGCGGCCAAAUCAAGGGAAACGUCUGUUCGGCUGAAGGGGAGGCUGCUCAGCUGGAAGGAGCCAUGGAGCCACCAGAGGACAAGGAGGGCCGUACGUUUGUGGAGGUGAUCAGUGAAAAGUACAGUCCAGAGAACUUCCCAUACCGCAGAGGGCCUGGUAUGGGGGUGGUGGUGGUGCCCACCCAAGGUCCCCAAGGUUCCCCUAUGAAAGACCGUCUGAACCUGCCCAGUGUGCUGGUGUUGAAUUGCUGUGGGAUCAGCAGGGCAGGAGACCAGGCUGAGAUUUCUGCCUUCUGUGCUCAUGUCAUGGAGCUGGACCUCUCCCACAACAAGCUGCAGGACUGGCAUGAGAUCAGUAAAAUUGUGUCCAAUAUCCCCAAUCUGGAGUUCCUCAACCUGAGCUCCAACCCCCUGGCAGGCAUGACCCUGGAGCCGCGGUGUGCUGAAACCUUUUCUCGGGUCCGACGCCUCGUCCUCAACAACACUCAAGUGUCCUGGGACACCGUACUGCUGCUCACCAGAGAGAUACCUGAGCUGGAGGAAUUGUUCCUGUGCCUUAAUGAGUACAGUAGUGUGAGUGCCUCCAGCGUGGCCUGCCCCACCCUUCGCCUGCUUCACAUCACCGACAACAGCCUCCAGGACUGGGCCGAAGUCCGCAAGUUUGGCUCCAUGUUCCCCAGCUUGGACACUCUGGUUAUGGCCAACAACAACUUGGCUUCCAUUCAGGACAACAAGGAUAUCCUGCAAAGGCUCUUCCCCAACUUACGCAGCAUCAACCUGCACAACUCAGGUCUCAAUCAGUGGGAAGAUAUUGAAAAACUGAAUUUCUUCCCUAAACUGGAAGAAGUGCGACUGCAGGGCAUUCCUUUACUGCAGACCUACACCAACGCAGAGCGACGCAGCCUCAUGAUAGCACAGCUUCCCUCGAUAUCAAUGCUGAACGGCAGCAGUGUGACUGACAGUGAGAGAGAAGACGCAGAGAGGUUCUUCAUCCGUUACUACUUAGACUACCCAGAGGAGGAGCUGCCUUUUAGAUACCAUUCCCUAGUAACCAAGUAUGGGAAGCUGGAGCCGCUCGCUGAGAUUGAUCUUCGACCUCGAUGCCGUGCUCAGGUGGAAGUCCACUGUGAGGAGAAAGUAGAACAGCUGAACAUCCGUUUGGACCAGACGGUAGCUGAACUGAAGAAGCAGCUGACAACAGUGGUCCAGCUGUCAACAAACAGCAUGAGGCUCUACUACAUCGACAAGGGCAGCGCCUUCGGCCCAGAGGAGAUGAAGUACAACACCCGGGCCCUCCACUCCUACAGCAUCCAAGACGGUGAUGAAAUACUGGUUGUGCCCAAGACCAAGUGAACAGCGAGCGUCCAGCUGGCUGACGAGAGAGAACUGAUUAACUGGAUUAUUUGUUGAUUGGUUUACUGACAUUGCAGAAUAAUUGGAAAACACAUACGGAACAGCAGCAGCACCCCACUUUCUGGAAUGGAGAGAGAGGAAAACAGUAAAAGGUGAAGGUGAUAUGAGCACCAUCACAGAGACUGGACAGUGGGCUGCUGGGAAACUCUGGCUGGAAAUGCAGCCCGGAGAGAAUUUUGUCUUUAUUUCAGCUUUAUUUGAGGGAAACCACUGCAGUUAGUGGGCAAAUCUGUCUCACUGAAGAACAGGCUGAGGGAGCAACUGGCAGUCAGCUAGCAGCUUUAGCGGAGGGGAAGGCGCUGCUGUACCAGCAAAGCUUUGCUGCAGCUCUAUCUCUUAGCACACGGCAUGUACCAUAGCACCUGCAUAGGCAAGUAACCAACACCACUCGCUUGCCCACUUCUCGCUAAAGCCACCCUGAUUAGUAGUGGUGCAGUGCUGCCGAGUGGAGAGGGCCUCUCAUCUGCACUUUUACCUUAGGCACAAUAUCAGGAAGAGCAGCGGUUGUUCGAGGAACACUCUUGCCUAAAACACUGUUAAAUGCAGGGUUGGUGAUGAAACUUGCAUUUUUUUGUGGGUCCAUUUUGUUGCUAGGUGGUGUUAAUUCCAUAUUUCUGUGGCAAAUUGCCAAACUUAGAUGAUGAUGCGUCAUAUUCAUAUAGAACAAGAUGCUCUUUCAGAGCCAUAAUGACACUUAAACAUCAGUGUGAAAUGUUCCAAAUAAGUACAUUUUUAAUCCCCUAUAGACACGUUAAAGCUUGUGUGAUAUAGGUUUUCCACAAGAUAAUCUUUUAGUGACAUCAUCCCCUUCUCUUAUUGAAAAAUCCCAAAUUUAUGAAUAUGCAAGUAUUAUUCAUUUUCAUCUGAACAUAAGAUGUCAACUGUCCACACCCCACUUGCGUUGCUGGACUGGCUUCCACAGUAGUUAUAAAUCAUUGCUUGCACAAACAUGUUAAACUGAGAGUCAAGGUGAGAACAGAAAUGCUUCCCCUUCAGCAGAUGAAUGUGAAAAUGCUUCUCUACUGUCAGACUUUGCACAGUGAAGCUCAGACAUCCAGGGGAAGUCAUUUUGAAUGGAGGGAGACUUUAAAUACAAAGAAAAGACAUGAAGCAGGUUAAGGGAAAACUGGUUGUAGUAAAAACAAAAUUAGGCCACUUCAUGACAAAAUAGCUACGGCAGCAAAACACUCACAAACUGAUGAUAUCUAACAGAGAACAGACUCUUUAUGGGUCUGUGAGCAACUAAAAUGUGAUCUUACUGUCUUUCUUACCACAUGUAUACACAGGUUACCAUAAAGCAGCUGUUGUGUCAUGUUAUGUGCCGCCCCCUACAGGCUCCAUUGUGUCUUUGAUUGUAAAAACAAAGUGCUCUGCCACUGCAGGUGCCUCACUAGAAGAGAUUCCUUGUGAGGAAAGCAGUGACACAAACAGGCAGCAGGGUACCUAAAAGACAAUCUCAUAGGGAACAUUCUGCAUAAGAGCGACAGCAUUGUUCAUUAUAUUUGGACCACGUUGUUUCAUUUAAAACACUCUUGGGUGAACUUUUUCAUGAAAUAUGGUAGCAGCGUGGUUUUAGCCCGUUUUCGAGCAAAUGGUAGGGUAAUGUUUAUCACAUUAUUAUCAGGCAUUUAAAAUGACCGCAUUCCUUUUUACCUUUUUUUUUCUCACAGAAGUUAUCAAUGUAUAAUGUCUUUAAUUAUGUCUUUAAUGGACCUUUAAAUGCUUAAUCAGUGUACUUUCUUUACAGCUUCUUUACACAUGUUGAAGUAUAUAAUCAGUAAUUAUCCCUGAACAGAUGCUGAUCUCAGUUAAGUGCAUUUAUAUGUGUCUUUGAACUGCACACUAUUCAGUGAAAUAUCCCCUCAAGUCAUUUGACACAUGCUACUAUAUUAUACAUUUCAGUCCAUCCUACAGAGAUAGUUUCACCAAAGAUAGCUCAUUAUGUUGGUAUUAUUAUUAUUAUUAUAAUGGGGAAUAUAUGCGGUAAGUAUUGAUUUUGAUAUAGAGCAUCCGUCUUGUAUAAGAGGAGCAUUGAUGUUAGAUGUCUGGUGCUAUUGAUUUUUCCUAUAGCAAGCGGUUCAGCAGAGUAGGAGAUUCCUGACACAGUGUUACUGCUAUGGAAACAGCUCAUACAUCCAGUCACACUAUUAAAGAUUCCCAUUUAGUGGCUGUUUGGAAACAAAUGUGUGUUUGGGCUGUAGCUCCAGUUCAUCCACUGUCAAAAGAAAACUCAGCUCUUUGUUCUUGAGCCUCUUUUUACCCUCCAAAACUAUCAGUAUCUCAAGUAUGUAAAUACCACAACUUUUCCCUCCUAAGUAUAUUUUACCAGUGUUGGUUUUCUAACACUACUGCUAUACUUGAAUAAGACCACGUAUGAAGGUAUAUACAGCAGGUUAAAUGAAAAGAGUUACAGUACUGAAGCCCUUUCUACCCAUUUUACCACAGUAGUGCUGAAUAAAUGUUAGUGUAGCAUGAACCACAGCCAUAGAAACCAGCACACAAAGAGGCAGCAGUGCAGUGCUGGCACCAACAUCAAGUCUGGACUGAAGUACUGAGCUAAAGUGUCUGUGCUAAUCGAUGUGAGAUUUGUUAGCAGUGAGAACAUGUAGUGUGUAAUUGUUUGCAGAGUGAGUGAUUUAAUGGUAUGCAUGUUAUUUGUUAUGUGUUUCUGAAGAAAGUGAUCACUAUGCCUGCUUAGACUUAUGGAAUAAUACUUGAUGGAACAUUUGAAAUGUUUUACUUUCAGUGGGACGAAAUGAUUGGAAGUCUUGAUGUAACUUUAUCGUUGAAUUCUUUUAGAUUAUGAUUUUAUUAAUAUGUUAUUUAUUGUGAUUCCUGCUUACUGUCCAACUGCUAUAAUCAGAAAAUAUUGGCUAAGCCAUUUUACAGCCCUUAAAGACCCUGAAACGUAUAAUCAGAGAUUUGAAGCAUUUUCCUGUAACAUCAACAAAGAUUCACAGCUAAUAAAUCAACCAAGUUAAAUUCAGGAAAAGAAUGUUCUUAUUUUUUAUUUAUUAACGAUAUAACAGUCAAAAAUGGACAAAUCUGCUGCUUCAGGACUGUGUGGGAGUCCUUUUUAACAAAUGUGAUUGACAGUGGACUGGCAAAAUAAACAAACAAGCCCAACACGCAUUUUGAUUUCAAUUCUGAUUGGUCCAAAUCAGCUUUUUCCAACUCAGGCCCACCCACUAACGAGAAGACACAAAACAGAAAUAGUUCUAAUUCUGGCAGAAAACGUGUUCAUGUAGGAUGCACUCUUUAUAAUCAGAAGCUGAUUGUCAAAACAGCUUUUCAGGGCCUUUAAGGGAAACGUCUACUUUAACCUCCUUUAACCUUUGUUGGCCAUUUGGUCGUUUGUUUUUGCAUUUCUUGGAUUGACUGGACUGUUAACACUAAACAUCAGGUUUUGGUAUCAGUCCUGCAGAAUUAUACUGUGAGUCUUUGUAGAAUUGCCUUUUAUUCACCAUCCACCAGUUCUCCAGGGAGACGUACAACACAGACAAUAAAUCCACCAGCAGUAGCCUCAAUAGACCACAAUGCAGUACAGCCACAAGACAUGCGAUGGUUUGAGUAAGAAGUGACUCUCCUUUGGUGUUCAUUUCUCAAGUUUUUGCUGCCCGCUUUACCUUUGUGUUUUCUGCAUACUCGCAUAUAACCCAGAGAUGAAUAUUACAUGUAAAAGAAUACUUGGAAAAUAUACUCAUCUGAAUUCUGGUGGCAAGAUUGGUACCGUAGGUGUGUGUAUGCUAAAUAUGAAGCUACAACCAGCGGAUAGUUACAUUACCUCUACAUCGGGACUAGAAGCAUCUUUUUUGGCUGUGUCUAGAGGUUUAAAAUAUGCCUGCUAGCACCUCUAAAGUUCACUCAAUAACUUGUUAUAUCUUGUUUGAGUGAUCUGCACAAACAAUAAAGCAUAAAUAUGACAUGUUGGGGUUUACUGUCCAGCAACAACCUCUCAGACUGGCAUAUCAUUCUCUGUAAAACUACAGCUUUGUGUACAUACACUGUUGUGUACUGCAUGUUUUAUUCCUUCUAGAUGUAGCCAUGCUGUUUGCUUUUGUUUCAAGUGUUUGUGAUAAUCUACCUAGCUGCUUUUGACUGCUUCACCUUUAGCAUACAGACAUAAGAGUUGUAUCCAUAUUCUCACCCAAGUGUAAGAAAGCUAAUGCACAAAUAAAUAAGAUCAAGGGAGUUCUUGGAGGGUGUCAAUAUGCAAAAUCCCUGAUUGAACACCUCCUAAAAAGCAA